CUUCCUCUUUUGCUACGUAUCAGAACUGACGACAGUAUUUACUUUCCACCUCAUGCUUAGCGGAGGAUUUAUGUAAAAAAGCUUCAACCCGUGCGUACAGCGGAGCUUUAAUUUUGUUUGAGACUUUAUGAGGAUUUGAAGAUUCGAUCAGCCAUGGAUGGAGACGUGCUGUCUUUGUCAUCUUCUUCAUCUUUAUCAUCCUCAUCAGCGGCAGCAGAAACACAGAAAGGUACUUCACCCAAGAGAGACAGCAGCCUCCCUCAGAGCCAACAGAGUCAUAAACCAGCUGAAGCAUUGUGGACAGAAGAUGUGAGUCCCGUGGGUGACAGGUUGCUGUCCACAGAAGAGCAAGUCACUCUGAUCACAGAGAGUAUGACAGUCACCUCCACUGACCAGGAGAAACUGCUGCUGCUGAACAAGAACACUGAGCUCCGCAGAGUCAACAAGGAGCUGAUGAAGCUGAAUGAGGACUGGGACCAGGUGUACCGGAGUGCCACACUGGGUCUACAGCACAGGCUGGAGGCUUUGGAGCUGGAGAAUUCUGCCAUCAAACAGCUCAACAGUAGACUGCUGCUCAAAGUAGAGCACCAACAGAGUGCUAAAGAGUACUAUGAGCAGGCUCUGAUGCAGGAGCUGAAGAAGAACCAGGAGCUGCAAGAAUACAUCAGGCUGCUGGACAGCAGGAUGCAACACCCAGAGAGAGCCUGCACAACUGUCAGACAGGGCAGCUUCAGUGCUGUGGUAAGCGAUCCUGUGUCAUGCCCCACCAGCAAUCCACCAUCCAGAGAUCCCGACCUCUCACCCAGCCACUUAUCUGGUUACAACCCUUCCUCCUUUUCCAAAGCUUCUUCAAGCCCAGAGGCUGGAUGGCAGGGAAAAAGCCAAAGCAGCAAUACCCCACUGGGAGCACUGGGAGACUCCCACCAAGAAGUGCAGGAUCUAAAAGAGCAGCUGGAGGCACUAAGAUGUCAGCAGACCCAGAUUUAUGAAGCAGAAUAUCAGACGGAGCAUAACGACCACAAACACACAAUGCAGGAGAACCGCAGGCUGAGGAAGAAGAGGGAGGAGAUGCGUCAACAAGUGGCACUACUGCAAGAGCAGCUCAAGGUUUAUGAGGAUGACUUCCGACGGGAGCGGUCUGACAAACAGAUGCUGCAGCGGCUGUUGUUAAAGAAAACGCCCACAAACAAGGACCCUGUGCUUAUCCACCGCUGCAAUAAUGAACAGCAGCCACUAGGAGGAGACAAGAGGACACAAAGUGGAGAGAAAAGAAAACAGCACCACCCACUCUGCCCCAAGCACCUGAACAGGGACAAAGAAUCAGAGUGAGGUCCAGAGGGAGAGAAAACCAUGACCAUGUACACACAUGAAGAUUAAGAGCAUGAGUCUAAACCUGGGAAAGUGAAAAUCAUAAAUGUGUCAAUGAUUUGUACUCACUCUCAUUUGGAAAACCUGCACAGUGAUAUUAUAGAGAUGCUGCACUAUCUCCACACCACAAGGAAAAUUGGACUCUACAUGUAAUCUUAGCAGUGGAUUUCAU